UGAAUAAAAGAAUACAAAAAUAGACAAAUUUAUUGAUUGUGCAUUUACGAACAUACAAUAUGGACUUGGCCUAAGCAAACGGUUGCCGCGGUAACAUUUGAGCACAACAAUGCACACUUCACGGGUAAAAGUUGCAGUAUCACUACGGAAAGUUAAAAACCAAAGAGAAAAUCUAUCCUAGGAUUGAGUUAUACCCAAGCAACAAUGGCUAACAAUGUACUUAGCAAUGGUAGAAUACAGCACGCUACUGCAGCACAACGUUUAAGUACUGACAAAGCAAAGAAAGUACCGGACAUACCAGCAAUAGAGAGUCGAAAUUGGUUAUUGCACAGGCAUUAUACACGGCACGAGUAUAAAAUAUGCAAGAUUCUUAUUCAGGAGGAAUUAACGAGAUCCAAUGGACACAAUGAAUAUGCUAAUUACUUGCAGGGUCUGAUAAUGAGAAAAGAAGGGAAGAUACAGGAUUCACUAGAUUGCUUUCAAAAUGCGUACAACGUAAAUUCACGAAAUGUGAAUAACGUGAAGCAGAUAGCUAAAUCUCUGUAUUUGUUGGGCAGCCACAAUCGUGCUCUCGAGGCUUAUUUGGAGGCUGAAAGAAUUUCUGCAAUCCCAGACUGGGAGAUUUUAUAUAAUAUUGGCGAGUGCUAUACCAGAUUCGAUAAACGUGAGGAAGCCAAGAAGUAUCUCAAAAAGGCUGUUGAUCUAACGAAAGAUGAGAUGCCUCAUAUUGCUUUGGCAAAACUGUAUAUCAUGGACGAUCAAGUUACAGAGGCCGUCGGUGUUUACACAUCAGCCUUAGAUGGUUCUCCUCAAAGUGAGAAUAUUGCUACGGAAUUGGGUCUACUGUAUUUAAAGAUGGGCGAUACCCAAAGAGCGUUCCAGCAAUUCGGCUCAGCCUUGGCACAAUCACCAACAUGUUCAAAAGCUUUAUUACCCAUGGCGUCCAUAAUGCAGACACACCGUGAUUACGACGUGGCUUUAUCAAAAUACAAAAUAGCUGCACAGACCAUACCAGAGUCGUCUGCCCUCUGGAAUAACGUAGGAAUGUGUUUCUAUGGAAAGCAAAAAUUCGUCGCUGCGAUCAGCUGCUUGAAGAGGGCGCAUUACUUGAACCCAAUGGCCCUGUAUCCAGCUUGCAAUUUGGGAAUUGUCUUUUUGACAACUGGUCAACCAGCUUCGGCUGCUACUUAUUUGUGCGCAGCUGUUUCCGCAGGUCCGAUGCAUCCUUCGCCAUAUUUGUUACUGGGACUGGCUCUCAGGCAACUGGAUGAUUUGGAGGCUGCGGAGAAGGCAUUAACGAAGGCACAUUCCCUAGCACCUCAGGAUCCCUUGGUACUUAUUAAUUACGCAAUUAUUCUUGACGCCAAAGGCGACCAGAAAAGGGCUGCUGACACUUUGACAGCGCUAACUGACGUCUCGGCGGUAAUUAACGUUGAUCCCGAGGUUGCAGAAACUGCAAGGAAGCUGACAGCCAAGCUACGUCGUAGCGACAACAGCAAGGACGAGAACGAGAGAAUUUUAAAUGACGACGAGGUCUGAAAUUUCUUGUGAAAUUCAAAACUGACACCUAAAGACUUUUCUGAUUCUGGUGUCAAGACACUUCGAGAUGCUUGGACGCUGGGUCAAUGAAAAUAUAUUGAAAUGUCAACCUACAGAACUUUCAGUGUUUCAUUAGUGUACAAGGAAGUUAUUAUUUUUAAUCUUUCAUUUGUUUUGAAAAUGAAAUCCUGAGCAUGCUGUAUUGUUAUUUAUUAGUUAUAUCAUAUGCAUCGAGGUUAAUUGGGCUCUUCCACAGAAGAUUCACCCUCCCAGUCUUGACCCAGAAAUUGAAUCGGCUUCCCACAAUUUUCUCACAGCACGCAAAGACCUUCUUACGCAGUUCAGUCACGCGCAGCCUUCCAAGAGACCUCGGGUUGCCCUGCGGAAGCGGAAAAUGAGAAACCGAAAUAUCAGAUAGAAUAGAAAAGUCUAUUCGCUA